CGGGGGGGCGCUCCUGCGUCCUGGAGCCCCACCUUUCCCGGUCCCUGAGUCUGCGCCCGCCUCCCGCACCCACUCUUCGGGACUAAUCAGAUUUCUCGGGUUGUUUGAAGAGAACAGUACAAGAUGCCUGAAAAUCCUGCAGCAAAUAAGCUGCAGAUCCUGCAGGUCCUUGACCGCCUGCAAAUGAAAUUGCAUGAGAGGGGUGACACGUCCCAAAACGAGACACUAGCCUUGUUUUGUGAGACCCUGAAGAGCCCCCUCUUCAACCAGAUCCUCACGAUUCAGCAAUCCAUCAGACAGCUGAAAGGCCAGCUUAGCCACAUUCCUUCGGAUUGCCCAGCCAACUUUGAUUUUUCGAGGAAAGGGUUGCUUGUGUUUACUGACAGCUCGAUUGCUAAUGGAAAUGCCCACACAGCCUUUAAUAACUCAGCUGCAGUGUUUCCUUGGACCCCAAGAUCAGGAAAUGAGGAAUUCAACUCUGUCAUCCAACAGAUGGCACAGGGCCGACAGAUUGAAUAUAUAGAUAUAGCAAAGCCGUCCAUCGGAGGCCUGGGGUUCAGUGUGGUGACUGUAAGAAAGCAAAAUGCUGGAGGCGUUGAUCUCUUCGUGAAGGAAGUCCAGCCGGGAAGCAUAGCAGACAGGGAUCAGCGAUUAAAGGAAAAUGACCAGAUCCUGGCCAUCAAUCACACCCUUCUGGACAGGAACAUGACCCAUCAACAGGCUAUCGCAUUGCUCCAGCAGUGCACAGGAUCUCUGCAGUUGGUGGUCGCCAGGGGAUUAAGACACUGGCCAGGCCAAGGUGCCGCUAACCUGAAUGAUACUAACCCUCCAGAGAAGAUUUCCUGGGGUCAUGUUGAAGACGUGGAACUUAUUAAUGACGGCUCCGGCUUGGGUUUUGGAAUUGUUGGUGGAAAAUCGAGUGGUGUCGUUGUGAAGACGAUUGUUCCUGGAGGAUUAGCACAUCGGAAUGGGAAGCUUCAGACAGGGGACCACAUCUUGAAGAUUGGUGACACAAACGUGCAAGGGAUGAGCAGUGAGCAGGUUGCCCAAGUCCUGAGGAAUUGUGGGAAUUUGGUGAGGAUGGUGGUGGCGAGAGACCCCAUCGGAGACAUUUCUGUGACUCCUCCAACCCCAACAACCUUGCCUGUUGUUACCCUGCCUUCUGUGCCUCCUCGCAGUCAGAGCUCGGUUGAUGCCUCUCUUUUUGAUACUUAUAAUGUUGAACUCACUAAAAAAGAUGGCCAGAGCCUUGGCAUUACUAUCAUUGGGUAUGCUGGAUCCUCGAAUUCAGGUGAUGGCUCAGGGAUUUAUGUGAAAAAUGUAAUACCAGGCAGUGCCGCAGAUCAUAAUGGCCAAAUUCGUGCCCAGGACAGGAUAGUUGCUGUGGAUGGAGUAGAUAUCCAGGGUUUUGCCAAUCAGGAUGUUAUUGAGGUGUUGCGCAAGGCAGGAGAUACAGUGCACCUGACUCUACAACGAACAAAAGCAUCUUCCUCACUUCUCCCUCUUGACAGAUCUUUAGAUGAAGAACCACCCAAAAUGCCAACCUUAUUUUUAACUGGAGCUGUGGAGACUGAAACAAAUUUAGAUGAUGAAGACGAAGUGAAGCAAGAGGAAGUGGCUCAUUUGAAGGAUGAGGAUAAGCCAGAGCCUACGCCGCAGACUUUCGAUACAAUUCCUGGCUCCCUGGAAAAUGAACUGAAAUCCAAGUGGGAAAACCUGUUGGGCCCUGAUUAUGAAGUAAUGGUUGUCAUUUUGGAUCCACAGAUCAUUGAUGAUGCCGAAUUACAGAAAUUUUCAAAGCUGCUGCCGAUCCACACUCUGAGGCUAGGAGUGGAACUGGACUCCUUUAAUGGGCACCAUUACAUUUCUUCCAUCAUGCCUGAUGGGCCAGUGGCCCCACUCAACCUGCUGAAGUUGGAGGAUGAGCUACUAGAGGUCAACGGUGUUCAGCUCUCUGGAAAAUCCCGCAGAGAGGCAGUGUCAUUUCUCAAAGAAGUGCCACCCCCCUUCACUCUGGUCUGUUGCCGGCGUCUCUUUGAUGAUGAGGCCUUUGGGGAUGAGGCGAGUGUCACCGAUAUUAUCAUCGAUGAACCAAAGAUGGACCCUAAUGAUGAUGAAGAUGAUGGGGAAUUGGCCCUCUGGUCAACCGAGGUGAAGAAGAUUGAGUUAAUGAAAGGUGUCGAUGGUUUGGGAUUCAGCAUUUUGGAUUACCAGGACCCAUUAGACCCUACCCGGACUGUGAUUGUGAUCCGCUCUCUGGUACCCAAUAGUGAAGCUGAACGGGGUAGGGAAUUGUUGCCAGGUGACCGCCUGGUCUUUGUCAAUGAUCGUUCCCUGGAGGACAUCACACUCACCAAAGCUGUGGAAGUGCUGAAGUCUCUGCCACCGGGCAGAGUGACCCUGGGCAUCUGCAAGCCUUUGGUGGUUGAAGGUAAUGAGGAGGAUACAUCACAUGUUCCACAACCAACUGCUUUUGAAGAAACGCCCAGGCACUCAGGACCCAUGGAGACAAUGGACUCCCCUCUGAUCUUGGAAGCUCCCUCGGAGUUCCGAGAUGAUUCCUUCCUUCAUGAAGAGGAUUUGCAUGAGCCUUUCCUUGACCUGGGAAGGACAUUCCACGUACAAUCAAAAGAAAUCAGUAACACUCAAGAGGCGUGGGAGAUGCAUGCUUUCCUGAAACCCAGAGCACCUGAAAUGGGGGAAGAGAGAGAGAUGCUUGUGGAUGACGUGUAUGACUUCCAGGAUAUCUUUCAGAACAUGGAUUUAUAUUCUCCAUCACUGGGCAAGAAGGAUCUUCCCCUCUCUCCCAGCCAGGAUUUUCACUUUGGUACCCAGUGGCUAAGUCACCCAGGAGCCUAUGAAGCCCAUGAUCUGAGAUCCAUGAUGCACCCGAGUUCCCAGGAAGUACCGCAGAAUAGAUACAGCAGUGAAGCAAUGAUCAACGAGAAUUUUGGCAAAGUACCUUUGUCCUCCAUCUCUUCCGCUGAUGGCAACAUGUGUCAGGGCAUUUUUGAUGACCUCGAACACUCAGAAUCUGUCACGAAUAGCGGCCUGGAUUUAGGCCUGAGUAUGGCAAGUGAUUCAGAAGGCCCCGAAAUGUUGGUUGAUCUCCCUGCAGUGGCCCAGGGGAGUGAGUCAGCAGACAUCCCUGUCUAUCGAAUGCCCCAGAAGCGAGGGCUGUCCAAGGCUGGAUUGCUACCAUCUAAAUAUGCAGCAGAGACAUGUGACUUGCCAGAGAGAGAAGAAGGAGAAGGAGAAGAGACUCCCAACUUCAGUCAUUGGGGUCCACCUCGAAUUGUGGAGAUUGUGCGAGAAGCUCAUGAGUCUCUUGGGAUCAGUAUUGUGGGUGGACAGACGGUGAUCAAACGCCUGAAGAAUGGAGAAGAGCUGAAAGGCAUCUUUAUCAAGCAGGUCCUAGACGAUAGCCCAGCCGGAAAAACCAAGGCUCUUAAAACUGGAGACAAGAUCCUGGAGGUGUCAGGUGUUGAUUUGCAAAAUGCAACACACCAGGAAGCUGUUGAAGCCAUCAAGAGCGCUGGAAAUCCAGUUGUUUUUGUUGUGCAGAGCUUGUCAUCCACGCCAAGGGUAAUCCCUCCUGUGACUUCCAAGACCAGCCAUCCUCCCAAAACCCAGGACCAAGACAAAGAAGAUGGGAAAGCAAAGAGAAAGGGCGGUGCACCCCCUCCUAUGAAACUGCCACCCCCAUACAGGGCCCCUGCAGAGAACAGCGACCAUGAUGAUGAGGACGAGACUGAAUUUACUGAGGAAAAAAUCAGGCAAAGGUAUGCAGAUCUGCCUGGAGAGCUGCAUAUUAUUGAGCUGGAGAAGGAAAAGAAUGGGCUUGGCCUCAGCCUUGCCGGGAACAAAGACCGGUCUCGGAUGAGCAUCUUCGUUGUGGGAAUUCACCCUGAAGGACCUGCUGGCCGGGAUGGGCGCAUGCACAUUGGUGAUGAGCUUUUAGAGAUAAACAAUCAGAUAUUGUAUGGAAGAAGCCACCAAAAUGCAUCUGCCAUUAUUAAGACAGCCCCAGCCAAGGUCAAGUUGGUUUUCAUAAGAAGCGAGGAUGCAGUCAACCAGAUGGCCGUUACGCCUUUUCCAUUACCAGUCAGCUCCCAGUCUUCCGUCGAGGAUCAGAGUGGUCCAGAAGCCAUGAGCAAUGAAGAAGGAGGCAAUACUGAAGCUGAUCUAAAGCAAUUACCAGAAAGUGACCGUGCCCAACUGGACGAGGCUUCCCAGAUUGUCAGCCACAUUCUGGCAGCAGAUGAAGCCAAGGGCGGAGAGCCCCUUCCCGACAAUACUGUCAGCCAGGUGAAACAACCCAAAUAUUCUACCAAAAAACCCAUUGGUUCUGAGGAGAUCUCUCUGGCCCCCUCUUUCUCGUCCCGUUCCACAGACACGGAGCUCACAAGCUAUGGUGGUUUGCAGGUGCCGUUGUCUGUGGACCCAGCCACAUGCCCUAUAGUCCCUGGCCAAGAAAUGAUUAUAGAAAUUUCCAAGGGACAUUCCGGGCUUGGUCUCAGCAUUGUGGGAGGAAAAGACACUCCACUGGAUGCUAUAGUUAUUCAUGAAGUGUAUGAAGAAGGAGCAGCAGCCAGAGAUGGAAGACUUUGGGCUGGUGACCAGAUUUUAGAGGUUAAUGGUAUUGAUCUGAGGAGCGCCAGCCAUGAGGAAGCCAUAACUGCCUUGAGGAAGACACCCCAGAAAGUGCGGCUGGUUGUUUAUAGGGAUGAAGCGCAUUAUAAAGAUGAAGAAAACUUGGAGAUUUUCCCUGUUGAUCUUCAGAAGAAAACAGGCCGAGGACUGGGCCUAAGCAUCGUUGGAAAACGAAAUGGAAGUGGAGUCUUUAUCUCCGACAUUGUGAAAGGAGGGGCUGCUGACCUGGAUGGCAGAUUAAUUCAGGGAGACCAGAUCUUGUCUGUGAACGGAGAAGACAUGAGAAAUGCUUCCCAGGAGACAGUGGCCACCGUCCUCAAGUGUGCUCAAGGCCUUGUGCAGCUGGAAAUUGGAAGACUAAGGGCAGGUUCAUGGCUCUCUUCAAGGAAAACCUCUCAGAACAGCCAGAUGAGUCAACACAGUGUCCGGAGCAGCUUUCCUCCUUCCCUGGCUCCUGUUAUCACUAGCUUGCAAAACCUGGUUAGCACCAAGAGGCCCUCGGACUCUUCCCAGAGAAACUCAGGAACUGAUAUGGGCCCAAGGACAGUAGAGAUCAUAAGGGAGCUGAAUGAUGCCCUGGGAAUCAGCAUAGCGGGGGGAAAGGGCAGCCCUCUUGGAGAUAUUCCUAUCUUUAUUGCCAUGAUUCAAGCUAGUGGAGUUGCAGCACGUACACACAAGCUCAAGGUUGGAGACCGGAUUGUCAGCAUUAACGGGCAACCUCUGGAUGGACUGUCUCAUGCUGAUGUUGUUAAUCUACUCAAGAAUGCUUACGGGCGCAUUAUUCUGCAGGUAGUAGCUGAUACUAAUAUCAGUGCCAUUGCAACUCAGCUGGAAAGCAUGUCUGCCAGCUACCACCUUGGCUCCCCUACCAGUGAUCACCAUCCAGAAGACCCAGAAACUCCUCAGCCCAAGAUGAUCGCUUUGGAAAAGGGCUCUGAUGGGCUGGGCUUCAGUAUCGUGGGGGGAUAUGGAAGUCCCCAUGGGGACCUGCCAAUCUAUGUCAAGACCAUAUUUGCAAAGGGAGCAGCAGCUGAUGAUGGCAGACUGAAACGCGGUGACCAGAUUUUGGCUGUUAAUGGCGAAGCCCUGGAAGGCGUGACUCACGAGCAAGCUGUGGCCAUUCUAAAGCGACAGAGGGGAACUGUAACACUCACGAUACUGUCCUGAGCUGCAGCUCGUUGUGGCGAAGUCGAUAAGGCAGCUGCUGCUGUGGCCAAAGCUCUGUAGAAAGGCACAGGCCUGGCUGGGAUGAAAACCAAGCACCAACUAACAUUAGUCCUCAGUCUGAUUCACAUAAUCUCCUCUAUGCUCAGAAGAGACAUGUGAUUUCAUCUACCUGUAGAAAAAAAUCUCUGACCAUCAUCAUCAUCACCAUCAUACCAUCAUCCUAUCUCCCCUCUCUCUCUCUCUCUCUCUCUCUCUCUCUCUCUCUCUCUCUCUCUCUCUCUCUCUCUCUCUCUCCCCCGCUCCCUCUCCCUGUCCCUCUCCCUCUCUUUCUCCCCCUCCCCCUCUCCGUCCCUCUCUGUCCCUCUCUCCCUCCCUCCCCAUCUCUCUCUCCUGGCCUCCCCUGCCGCCGCUUUCUCCCCUCAUGAUGUGUUGAACUUCUCCAAUUGAAAUAAACCUUGGCCUUCCUACCUUCAGCACUGGACGGUCAACAUCUCAUCCUUGAUCCCUCUACUAGCAGCUGCACCUGGAAUUAACAAACACAGCAUCACCCACAGGAUGAAUGGCAUCAUCAGAACUCAGCUGAUAAGCAGAAAUAAAUACCAAGCGACUUGUCAUCUCUGUCCUCAUUUACUAACACUAAUCGGUUUUCCAAGGAGUCCAGAAAACAUUAGUGAUAUAAUUAAAUUACCAGCAUUCUAAGUGAUAAAAUAACAAAUUCUCCUGUGGGACUUUAUCUAUACUCUUCUCGUUAAGUCUUUACCAUUGAAACAUGCCUCCAAUUUGGUCUUUGUGAGUUAGUCUUUGAUGCUUAUAAUGAGUCAAUUUGCAGGCUUGAAGAUGAAAAUAUGGUCAGCCUUCUGAACACUAUCCCCCAAUUGUUUUCUGGGUUGUGUGAAGACCACUUCAGGAGAGAAGACCGUUUUCUCAAAUAUGGUGUUUUGUUCAACUGGUUCUGAAUGUCAACAAGGCAAAAUUAUAUUGGGGUUUCCAGAGUUCCCCUGGAGUUCAUCUCACCUCACAUUCCUAUGCUAGUGUGCUCCCACCAACCCAUCCUGGAAGUGAGGGCUUCCCAGCCCCUGGCCAGCUCUGUGAGUUGUAUCAGGCUUAGAGCAUGUCAGCUACUGGGACCAGUUGCCUUCCCUUUAUAGGAAGGACAGGGCCAGAAUUCUUACUCCUUAUGUUCUUUCCACAUCAGUCAUUCUGUCUGAGCAGAUUGUGGGGACUGUGAUUAAGGGACACAUGAUGCCACCAAUCAAUUUAACAAAUGAACUGGGGGUGGGGGGAAGGACAAUUAUGCCUUGCUCAUGUCUUCCUAGCUCCAUUGCAAGAGAGUUGCACGCCAUGGAAUGCAUAAUCAAAAAAGAAAGAAAAAGAAAAACAGGAAAAUCUUUCCAAUUGGUCCUGCACAUUAUUUGCAAAGGGGUGGGGGGAGGUGGGAGGCUGCUUGUCUGCAGAUGCUCUUGGCUGCCUCUCAAACUCUAUAAUAAGUGUAUUAGGAAGAAUAAGUACCAAGGUCAGUGACUAGUGUUAUUUAACCAUAACACGAUUUUGUAAAUGGUCAGAAAGUCAUAAAAAGCAAAUUUUAUGGGCUCUAAUUUAAAAUGUUAUUUAAUAAGGGUAGAUUUUAAUGGAAAAUCCUCUUUGAAUAUAUGUAAUCACAAAGUGCAUUAACAUGUUGGAAUAUUACAUGGCUAUUCCAAAGCAUAGAGUGCCUGAAUUUUAUGUUCGAAAUGUCUUUGGUGUCUGGCAUUGAUUGCUUUUCAAACUUCUAAUGGAUUUCUGGCCGCACAGUGUUGGUAGGAGCCGGCUGCUCAGUGCAUGAGAAACAACAAAUUCAGGAACCUCCAGUAUCUAUGUGUGUUUGCAAGAGACCCUCCAGCCCUUAGCAGUCCUGAAACUUAAAUAUGCACCUUGAAGAAAUCACACUGGAAAAUUGUGACCUCAGCAGUCUUCUUCCUGGUCAGGAUGGAUAACUGCCAGAGGCACCUUUGGGGCACUGCAGGGUCUUGGGCUCUGUUCCUUUCCACCCACAUCCUCCUCCUUUUAUGUGUAUGCCUGUAAAAGGAGAGAAGAAGGAAUGGAGACCCUUUGCCCUUGUCACUGCCCCAGGUUGGGUAGGGCUUCUGCUCCUUGUAACUUGCACUUUCUCUCUAUGUUAAGUAUGUACCUGCCAAAAAAAAGAAAUUACAUUGCAACUUUCCAAUAAGCCAGUGAUGGUGUGUAGGAUAGUGAGUGAAUGUACUUCUCACCUGGGAAGGGCCAGUUCUGGAAGGAAGCCACACUUUGGGUUUUAGCCAAACCAUUUGGGCUUUUGUUUAAAGAAUAAUUGGGAGAGGAGGGUCAUGGGGAGCAAGCCGUGAAAUGCAGCUGCUGAAUGUGUAUGUAUAUUAUCAGAUCCAAUGUUUUAUGACUUCCAAAGAUUCUAAUAAAGAUUUAGUUGACUAAGGA